AUGGUACACCUUGUGGCUGUACCAGAGACAAUCACGGCAAGUGGCUGUGCUUGUGUCUUUAUUGACACCAUCUUCCGACUUCAUGGGUUGCCCCGUGAACUCGUAUCAGACAGAGAUCCACGAUUCACUGCUGAUUUCUGGCGUUCCGUGUUCAAAUCACUCGGAACGCGCUUGAAGAUGUCAACAUCUGAUCAUCCAGAGUCAGAUGGUCAGACGGAACGUGCCAAUCGUGUCCUUGAAGAGAUACUUCGAGGAUACGUACACUCCUUUAAGAGUUGGAGUGAGUUUUUGCCAAUGGUAGAGUUUGCCAUCAACAACUCGGUGCAUGCGUCCACGACACAUACACCGUUUUACGUGAAUGGCUUGCGCCAUCCGCGUGUACCCACCUUACUAGAGUGUAACUCUGGUUCAAGGGGGGGAGGGACUCGCGCGAGCAAAAACCGAUUUGUUUCACGCUCAUCACGCUCUGACGAAGAAGUCAUUGCGUUUGAUGCCGAUAUCGAUAACAUCGAUAUCGAAGAAUAUGAUGCCAGUGAGAGUGCGGAAGCCCUCACUGAAGACAAUGAUCCCAGUGAGAGUGCGGAAGCCCUCACUGAAGAAAAGGUUGUUGUUGCUGCAGUGCGCUCACAGCACACUGAAGCUAACGAGUCAUCAGAUGAGUUCAUACUGGCUCCGUGA